AUGCCUGUAAGGAGGACUUACGAUGUUGAAACAUCAAAUUUAGAACAGAUGCAGCCAUUAUUAAAAAAAAAUCAGGAAUAUUUUAAGUCAUACAUAUGCAUGGUGUUAGUUACUUUGAUAAUUUGUUUAAUAUUUUUUUUAAUUGCAUUAUUUAUUGCUAAUAAUAAAAACCAAAAUGUAAAUCAUGGUGAUAUCGAAAGUGAAUCUGGAUUUAAUGCUUUAGAAUUUAAUCGGGAGAAUUCAUCAAUUUUAAAAACAACGUUAGAACACACUUCAACAACCAGAAAACAUUAUACUACUCCUAUUUCAAUUAUUUUUAUCAAUCGAACAACAUCAUCAUUGCCGAUAUCAUCAAGCAAUGAUGAACUAUCAAGUUCAACCACUGCUUCAUCCGCCACAAAUGGAUCAUCUACAGAUCAAUUACACUUGUCAGAAAAACUUCACCAGCAUGGCUCCACUAUUACGCCAACGAACAUUAUUUCCACUACACCUAGUGAUGUAAUUACAACUGACGGAAUUAUAUAUCUGGGUCUAAGAGAAAUUUAUUCCACUACGCCAAGUGAUGUGAUAACAACUGGCGUAGUUUCAGAUCUGAGUGUAAAGGAAUCUCAUUCCACUGUAACAAGUGAUAUAACAACAACUGAUGAAGUUACAGAUCUGAGAGUAAGAGAAAUUCAUUCCACGACACUAAAAGAUGUAAUACCAACUGACGGAGUUACAGAUCUGAGUGUAAGAGAAAUUCUUUCCACUACACCAAGUGAUGUAACAACAACUGACGUAGUUACAGAUCUGGAAGUAAAGGCAAUUAAUUCAACUACAUCAAGUGAUGUAAUAACAACUGACGGAGUUACAGACCUAGGUGUGUUAGAAAUUCAUUCCACUACACCAAGUGGUGCAACAACCACUGAUGUACUUAAAGAUCUGAGUAUAAGAGAAAUUCUUUCCACUACCCAAAGUGAUGUAAUAACAACUGACGUAGUUAGAGUUCUAGAAGUAAAGACAAUUCAUUCAACUACAUUAAGUGAUGUAAUAACAACUGAUGGAGUUACAGAUCUGGGUGUAAUAAUUCAUUCCACUACACCAAGUGGUGAAACAACUGACAAAGUUUCUUUAGCCACCACAGAAUCAACACCUAAGGCAUCCUCAACUACCAAUUCUCCUAUUAGGAGAAUAGAAAGUUACUUGGUAUCUAGUGAUGAUUCUAAUUCAACUGCUUUGAAUACAUGUACAAGUAAAUCCUGCCAUUCUACAGCGUCAAGACUUUUAAAUUUAAUUGAUAAAGAUGUGGAUAAAUGUUAUAAUUUCUACGAUUUUGCCUGUGGACAAAGGCAUACCGUUAGAUCCAACGAGGAGAUGUUACAAAAAUUUAAUUAUGAUGUUUUUAAAAAAAGCUUGGACAAAAUUAAUAAUUCAUCAGACGAAGGGCAAAAAGGAUUUCUACAAUUUUAUAAGAGUUGCAUUGAACAUGAUCCAUUAAUGGUUGCAUCUAAUUUAAGCCAAAUAUAUGAAAUAGUCAAACAAAAUGUUAAUGGCUUUAUUUUGAAUGAAAAUGAUACAAUACUGGUUGAUGGAUUGCAUAUAAGUGAACUAAUAUCAAAAAUGAUUUUGUUAAAUCAUGCUCCAUUAUUUGAUGUUGACUUUGUUUUGGAUGAGAGUAGAACAUACAUUUUUAAGGUAAUGCCUCCAAAAUUUAAAAUACUUUCAACAAUUAUGGCAAAAUGUAAAUUUGAAUAUGAAUCUGAAUUAAGGUAUUCAGAAACUUUAAGUGAUUUUUAUAGUCAGUGUGUUCGAAGUGAUGUGUAUAAGAAUAUUUAUAUCCAACAUAUGGAUACAAUUUUAAAUGUAGUGAAGGCUUUUGAUGACAUUCAAAAUGCUACUAAAAAGGAUGAAUUAUUGAAAGAGCUGAAAGUAUCUUUUGAAGAUUAUUAUGAGUUCUAUCAGAAACUUCCAAAUAUUUUGGAUCUUGAAUAUUCUGAAAGAGCACAAGGUAUAAGUGAUUGUUCUGAAAAUGAAAAACUUUAUGAAGCAACGAUUGAAGAAUGGAAUACAGUGUUCAAUGAGAGAUAUGAUUCAGUAAAGAUUGAUUGGAUUUAUCUAUUUAAGAAUUUAGUUGGGAAAAAUAUUACACCAGAUGCAAAAGUUCAAAUAUAUUUCAAACCCUUUUUUAACGACUUAUUUGAAAAGAAGCUAACAGUGAAAAAAAUGCACAAUUUACUUGUUGCAACAUUUAUUCGCGAUUAUUAUAUUGAAUUAAUGUUACCAGAUCAACAAUGUUUAGAAAAAACAAUUCAACUACAUCCAGAAGUAGCAUCGAACUUAUAUCAUGAUUAUUUGAAACGAAAUAUAUCAAAACUGCAAGAUACUGUAACAAAUAUUUUCGAUAACAUAAAGAAUACUUUUAAUAACACCGUUUUUAAUAAUUCAAUUGCUUUCGAUUUAAACAUGAAACAGGACAUGUCAACAAUAUUGAAUGAUAUUCAAUUAGAUUUUUAUAAACCUUUUCCAAAGAAUGCCAUUGUAAGUGAAGCAUGUGACAAAUACUUAGAUUGUUUUCUACGUGCAUCGAAAGAAUUCCGUCAACGUAAAUAUUUGGCUUGGAAUCAAAACAUUGCAGAAUCUAAUUACAUGUGGUUUCAUACUGCACGUGUUUACGACAUGAAUCCAGUGACAGUGUAUCAAGCUUAUAAAAUUGCUAUUCCUUAUGGAAUGUUUUAUGGCUACAACAGUAAUUUAGAAGAAUUGCCAUCUUACUUAUUAAUGUCAACUAUUGGCCGAAAAUUAGCUUAUCAUUUGGCAAAUUAUUUUAGUAUAAUUGGCUUGGCACUAUUGCGACAAAAGUUUAACAAAACAAUUAGUUAUUUACAUGAUGUUGACGUAUCAUGUGCCACCAAAGAAUCUUAUAAAGAAUAUGAUAACGAUAUUUUAAGUUGUAUUAUAAAUCAAUAUAAUGAACCACAAAAUUUAGAAAUCAAAUCAAAGCCUGCUUUCUUUGACGUUACGGUUGAUUAUGUACUCAAUCAAAUUAUAUCUGAUGGCUCUGCAAUUCGUUUAGCUUAUGAUACAGCUUUUUCAAAACGAUCUGAUCAAAAAUUACCAUGGAUAACAACAGAAUAUACAGAUGAACAAUUGUUCUAUAUUUCAGCAGUACAAGAGUUUUGUGAUUCGAACGAAGACGACUUAUUUACAUUCAGUAAUAAAUUGUAUCAAGAUGGAAUGUUGCCAAAACAGGUGCGAGUAUUUGAUUUCUUAAAAAGUGAUACCAAUUUUGCGUCAAUAUUCAAAUGUCCAAACGGUACAAAAUAUAAUCCAGAUGGAAAAUGUAUCACAUUCCCAUAUCUUGUAAAACCCACACCUGAUCCGGAAGAUAACGAAUUUGUGUCCUAAAUUUUGAAGAAACUAGCCUGAUGAGCGAGAUAGCCUCAUGUUAAUUUUAAUUUAUUAAACCAAAAAAUGUACACAGUUAAUAUUUGAA